GCAGGGUAUGGGGGCUGUGUAUAUGUGAUCUCCCACCACCCCCCACCUGGCCAGAGCUAAAAUAAUAAAAUGCUGAGCUCACUGUUCCCCCACCCUCUUCCCCAGCACUGGGCUCCUCCCGCUGCUGGGACAGUGCUCCAGUAGCACCAACAGACCAACUGACAGAAGGGGAGGUGAGAAGGGAGGUGGCCACCAGGACUGGCUCCGUGAGUGCCACACAGUGGGGAGGGGGUGGGGGCCAUCAUGUCAUCGUAUCAGAAGGAACUGGAGAAAUACAGAGACAUAGAUGAAGAUGAGAUCCUAAGGACCUUGAGCCCUGAGGAGCUAGAGCAGCUGGACUGCGAGCUACAGGAGAUGGACCCCGAGAAUAUGCUCCUGCCAGCUGGACUACGACAACGUGAUCAGACAAAGAAGAGUCCAACAGGGCCCCUGGACCGGGAUGCCCUUUUGCAGUACCUGGAGCAGCAGGCACUAGAGGUCAAAGAGCGUGAUGACUUGGUGCCCUUCACAGGCGAGAAGAAAGGGAAACCCUAUAUUCAGCCCAAGAGAGAAAUUCCUGCACAGGAGCAGAUCACCCUGGAGCCUGAACUGGAAGAGGCACUCGCCAAUGCCACAGAUGCUGAAAUGUGUGAUAUUGCAGCAAUUCUGGGCAUGUACACUCUGAUGAGCAACAAGCAAUACUAUGACGCCAUCUGCAGCGGAGAGAUUUGCAACACGGAAGGCAUCAGCAGCGUGGUGCAGCCUGACAAGUACAAACCAGUGCCAGAUGAGCCCCCAAAUCCCACAAACAUCGAGGAGAUCCUAAAGAGUGUUCGAAACAAUGACAAGGAGCUACAGGAGGUGAACCUCAAUAACAUACAGGACAUCCCGAUCCCCAUGCUAACAGAGUUAUGUGAGGCAAUGAAGACAAAUACCUACGUCCGGAGCUUCAGUCUGGUGGCCACAAGGAGUGGUGACCCCAUUGCCAAUGCGGUGGCAGACAUGUUGCGUGAGAAUCGUAGCCUCCAGAGCUUGAACAUUGAAUCCAACUUCAUCAGCAGCACAGGGCUCAUGGCUGUGCUGAAGGCAGUUCGGGAAAAUGCCACACUCACUGAGCUCCGUGUAGACAACCAGCGCCAGUGGCCUGGCGAUGCAGUGGAGAUGGAGAUGGCCACUGUGCUGGAACAGUGUCCCUCCAUUGUCCGCUUUGGCUACCACUUUACACAGCAGGGGCCACGAGCUCGGGCGGCCCAGGCCAUGACCCGGAACAAUGAACUACGUCGCCAGCAAAAAAAGAGAUAACACUACCUUUUCCCCUUACCAACUAGAGCUGGGAGCCCUGAAUGUCUAAAUCCUCAUCUCUCCCCUUCCUGUAAAUAAAGGCCCUUCUGUCCA